AUGUUUUCGCCGAAACAACUUGAGUUCAAUGUGAGUCUCAACAGAAACAAAAUAAUUGAUGUUUCAAUAAAUGUUUUUUUCAGAUUCUGCUGGAAGUAAAUGAAACAUCAGAUCUUCAUUCAAUUCCAGGACUGCAUCGACAAGAUUCAAAACAUGUUCUUACAAGGAAUGGUUUUCAAUGUUCCCCCAAGGAAAAAAUCGAGAGUAUGUGGAAUGUUGAGGGUUCCCGUGGGUAAGAAAAACCCUAACGGGAAUAAGGAGAAAAAAUGCCUUAUUCUCGAGAAAAAAUGUAUUUUAGGUCGAUUUUUACACCAUUUUUUGAUUUUUAGAGCAUCUGUAACUCGAUUUUGAAUCUAUUUCAUGAACUUUUGAGUCGUGGAAGUUGUUCAGAAUGGUCGAUUACGUGUUUGUGAAACUUUUUAUCAAAAAAUUAGACAUUUUUUGAAAUUUGGUUUUUUCAGUCGGGGUUUUUCUGAUCAAAUGGUCACCAAAAAACACAAAAAAUAAUUUUUUCCAUUUUCAAAUGAACGGAACUUGAAAAAUUUAUGACGGUCAACAGACGUAAUUUGGUCCGUAGAAUCCAAAAAUCAUAGUCUCGAUUCACACAAACUUCUCCUUCACAACGAAAACGUUGAUUUUCUAUGAAUUUUUCAAACUAGAAAUUUGAUUUAGUGGACUUUUGGGACCAAAAUUAUUUUAUUCCUAAUUUUAGUCGAAGUAAUACUAAAGUACGCCGUUUGCGCUACAAAUGGAUUUUUAGACUGACAUUUUUCAUCAAUUUUGAAAAAAGUUUCGAUUUUUCUAAAAAAUUUCAUCGCAAAAAUCAAUAACACCAAAAUUUUCUAAAGCAAGGCAUUUUUCUCCUUAUUCCCGUUAGGGUUUUUCUUACCCAUGGGAACCCUCAACAUUCCACAUACUCUCGAUUUUUUCCUUGGGGGAACAUUGAAAACCUUUCCUUGUUAGUGUCUUUGGCUCCACGUGGAAAUAUUGGCAUUGCGCCAAAUGAUCAUCAAUAUGUUCAAGUUCGAGGAAUUAGUGAUGAUUUGGCUUUUUAUGAUGGAUGA